AUGGAUGAGAUGACGGACUUGGAAUCCCCUAGUCCCUACAAGUCACCCCGUCGCAAGUCUCUCGGCAGAAGUGAUUUGACAGAUGCCAUGGCAUCCCCAUCCGAGUCUCGACAUCUGCCAUCGUCGUUACCUCGCUCUUCACUUGCGCCAGCCGCCCAGUUGAGUACUGCCACCCUGAAUCAAUCAUCAGCUCCUUCAGCAUCGGCUCUCCCAUCGACCACUGCCGCUCAAGACCAUACAGCUUCUCCUUCUGCACCAGCUCUCCCGUCGACAACUCCCAUGCCACAUCAAUCAUCUGCUCCUUCAAUGCCUCAAUUUGUACCCUCAACCCCUAGAGAUACUUUGCAAGAUCAGAUGCAACUUUAUCUUACCAAGUUCGAGAAUGUUCAACAAAUGGAGCGUCAGCUUAUGUCCGACCUCUCCUGCCUUCACGGAGAAUUUCUUUAUCUUGGAGAGGAGUCCCAGGAGAUUCGAACGCUUUUCUUGGAUGCUGGUUAUCUCGACCUCAGAGGCUUCCAGAAGGUUGAUAACCAACUAGCCAAGAUCAUUAAGAGAAUCACUGCACGUCAACGAAAGUGGACCAAGAAUAGUGGCUCAACCCAGAUCAAGGACUUGCAGAAUGAGAUUGAGGCGGACAAGCAGGAUCUUGAUACGCAUGUGUCUGCCCAUCUCAAGAAGAAGAGUGAGUUGAGAGCCUUGCGUCUUAAGCUAGAGGCCAUUAACCCCCAUCCGGAAUGGAAGAUUCACGAGUACAAAUCUGCCUACCGAUACCAGGUUAUUGGAAAUCAAGCUCUGCCGCCCGGCUACCAACCUCGCAGCACCGCUGUCAAGACCAAGGCACGCAAGCGAAACUCCGAUGUGGUAUCGGCAGGUUCUGGUAGUGUUGUCUCGAGCAAUAAAUGCACUCCAGAGCCACGUACAGCUCAGUUGACCACCGCCACCGCAAUUCGCCCUCGCUCUCGCGUCACUGCACAACAUCAUCCUCAAACCCAAAUUAACGACUACUCCAACUUCGCACCCGUGACCUCGAGCAAUCCGAACCGAUUGAUGCCAAUCCAGGAGGCGGUCAGCUUCGUUGUUGAAUCUGCAAACAACGACGCUGGUUCUCUUGCUCAGACCAGACCAUCCAAGAGACCUCGUGUGAGCCAAGGCACGAUGAGCAACGCAGACAUCAUCGGCAGAUACGCCAUCGACUUUCAAGUGUAUAACGACCAAGUCCAAGCCAUCCACGAUGCAAUGAAGACCCGCAAGCACUACAUCGUCGCGCACAAGGCCGAAAUCGCCCGCCUACAAUCCGAGAUCGAUGACCAUAAUCUCUCCAUCGCAGCAUGCGAACGUGACUAUGCCAAUUUCGAGCGUAAUCUCGACGAGAAUGUGAGCUUCAUUACAAGCAGUAUGUCCGAAUUCUCUGGAUCCGUCCAGGAGAUGGCUACUCAACGUCGCAUGAUGGAAGAUGGCGCUGCCGACAACGAAACGAAUCCUGAUCAACCUGAGCUCUCUUAUGAGGCGCAGAAGAAGGAGCUGGAAGCUCUUGAAAAGGCUUGUGCCGACCGAAAGGCUCGUCUUGCUGAGAUGGAGAGUCGUGAGGCGGAGAUGGAAGCUCGUGCUGCGGAGGAGAGUGAAAACGGAAUGAUGAAGGAGGAGGCCGAGGCUGCCCAUCAGACACUGUCUAAUGGAAAGUCUUGGGCCAAAUAA